CCUGCAGUCUGGAGCAUGGGAAUGGUGGGUCCCGUCUCUGAUCCAGGUCUCAUGGGAAAGCCAAAGUCCUUCUAGGGUGUGUCUGUCUUUUUGCGAUACUGAUAGUCCCUCUUCUCUCUGGCAGGGGAACUGUACUCUGGCAAGAUGCUCUCUCUCUGGUGUGGCUGGGAGCCAGGGGCUCGCUUACACCAACAGCAGGAAGCUCGUCAAUCUAGCAACUUCCAUAGAGAUGACAGUCCUGAUCUGGAGAGUAAAUAGCUCCAGUGUCUUCACUGUCCGUUACUUCAGAACCACUGCAGUACAUAGGGAUGACGUGGUUACGGUGAACACACCAGCCUUUGCAGAGUCAGUCACAGAAGGAGAUGUCAGGUGGGAGAAAGCUGUUGGAGACACAGUGGCGGAAGAUGAAGUGGUGUGUGAGAUUGAAACAGACAAGACAUCGGUGCAAGUUCCAGCCCCAGCAGCUGGUGUGAUUGAAGCCCUUCUGGUACCUGAUGGUGGCAAAGUGGAAGGGGGGACACCUCUGUUCAAACUCAGGAAAACUGGAGCUGCUCCUGCCAAGGCCAAACCAGCAGCAGCCCCUCCUCCUCCUGCAGCCCCUGAACCUGUAGCUGCUGCUGCUGCUCCCCCCCCUGCUGCAGCACCAAUUCCUACUACAAUGCCACCAGUGCCGCCUGUGUCAACUCAGCCCAUUGACAGCAAACCAGUGUCUGCGGUGAAGCCGGCUGCAGCCCCAGCGGCAGCCCCUCCUGGGGAGGCAGUGCCCAGCAAAGGUGCCAGAUCAGAGCAUAGGGUGAAAAUGAAUAGGAUGCGCCAGCGUAUCGCUCAGAGGCUGAAAGAGGCUCAGAAUACUUGUGCCAUGCUGACCACUUUCAAUGAGAUUGAUAUGAGCAACAUCCGGGAGAUGAGAGCUGUACACAAAGAUCCCUUCCUGAAAAAGCACAACCUGAAGCUAGGUUUCAUGUCAGCUUUUGUGAAAGCUGCAGCUUUUGCUCUGCAGGACCAGCCCGUUGUGAAUGCAGUGAUUGAUGACACGACCAAAGAGAUUGUGUACAGGGACUAUGUGGACAUCAGUGUUGCUGUAGCAACUCCCCGGGGUCUUGUGGUCCCUGUCGUUAGGAAUGUAGAAAACAUGAACUUUGCUGACAUAGAGCGUGCUAUCUACGAGUUGGGGGAGAAGGCACGGAAAAAUGAACUGGCCAUUGAAGAUAUGGAUGGCGGCACUUUCACAAUCAGCAAUGGAGGGGUUUUUGGGUCACUGUUUGGGACACCUAUCAUUAACCCACCCCAGUCUGCCAUCUUAGGCAUGCAUGCCAUCUUCGACAGGCCUGUGGCUGUUGGAGGCAAGAUCGAGGUGCGGCCCAUGAUGUAUGUGGCGCUGACAUACGAUCACCGGCUGAUUGACGGCAGAGAGGCAGUGACUUUCUUGCGCAAGAUCAAGGCAGCGGUGGAGGAUCCCCGCGUGCUGCUGCUCGACCUGUAGAGCAGCCACACCCCCACACAACCCACCCAGGGCAGGGCCGCAGCACCAGCAGGGGCGAUGCAGGGCAUUCAGGAACUGGCAGGGGUCAUUCCAGUCUCCCUCCCUCCGCUGUGAUCAGAGCUGUCCCAGAGGGAACUGGGGAUAGCUCCUACCUCCUUUCCUGUUCUGUUUAACGAAGGUUCAGUUUCUCACGAGGAUUGCUAUGCAGUGGGCCAACCACUGAAUGGCACUGCCUUUCCAGAGCCAUCUGUAUGGCAUCCUCUCCCUCACAGCACCAAUCUCUCACCUCUAGCUUGUCCUAUACCAGUGGAAACUGCUUGCUGCUGCUGUGCUAGGGUACCCUUCCCUGCCACUCCAAGGCAGGUUCAGCUUUAUUUCCUAGCACUGAGGUUCCUGGGAGGGAGAGGAGAGGCUACUGUUCUGUCCCUGUUUUGCUUGAAAAUAUUUCACACUCAUCUGCCUUGCAAGGGCAGUCUGGGGACCCCCAGGCUGCUUGCAGCAGAGGUUUUGAUCAGAGCAGGGCUUGAGGUAGGCAUCGUCCUUCUGGCAGUGCCCUAGUUACACUCCCUCCACAGACAGGAACGCAGCGGUGGCAGCUCUCCUGCUUUCCCUUGGAGAUUGUUUGUCUCUCUCCAGCCUGGUCACUGUGGCAUGAAUGUUCGUGCCCGGGUGGGCAGAGCCUGUGACCUCUGUGGAGGUAGCACUGUUCCUUUCACUAUUACAUGCCUGACACGGCGGUAAGAACCAGCCCCCAGCAGCUGUCCUGGAAUCACGGCACACUGACGGUGGAUCCGACUGCUGGCUUCCUGCGUGCGAGGGCUUGGCCUGCUACCAGCAAAGAGACAUCUGGGGAGGGCCAGGUCUUUAAGUGUAAUGUAUAUCCCAGCCCAAGGCUGCUGGUUUUGGGGGGAGGGGGGCAGUCCUUAAUCCGGUAGCGCACACAUGUAUUGGGGAGUGAGGGGGUUGCUAGUGCCUGCAGAGUCUAUUGCUCUUACCCUCUACACAGAACUUGUAACUAAAAUAUUUAACACAGCGGAUUUUAAAUGAAAUAAAACUGGGCAACGACUGCAAGGUGGGGUGUGUUUGAGGGGGUGGACAGCAGCUCCUGGGCGAGGACUUGGGCAUCAGCAGCAUCCCUAGUGUAGCACAAGAAGCCUGUUACCUGAUGGUGAGAGAAAAGAGGGAAUGGGAGCUAGGCCCGUCCCUGGUGGUACUAAAUUGAGGCUUCUCUGGCUGUGAAUUCUGCUGUCCUCAAACCGUCUUUGUCACAGAAUUGGCUCUUCCCAGCAAAGAUGAGGCUUUCAGGGCUGGAAAUCAUCCUUUCUGUGGUCUAGCAAGAGAACUGUUAGAGACUGCAAGGAAAUCCCAGCAUUUGCGAAAUAAGUGGUGUGAUGGCUGGCCAAGAGGGAGAAUGGGGACAGGCUCUUAAAGUACAGGUAUAGAGCUGGUUUGGUUUUUCCCUGAUACAAUGGGAGCGUUGUAAGUCAUGAAAGUGUGAAAAAGGCUGUUAAGGGUUGCAGAGGGAGAAAUAAGGCAAAGUUGAAGAACUGUAAAGCAAAAGCUGUCUGUGGUGCUGAGAGCAUUUCCCCAAGGAGCUGUCCCUCUUGGAACAAUACGAAAUCGUUCCUGGAUUGUGGCAGGGGUUUUCCAGCUCUGACAUCAACUUCAGAGAAUGGUUUGCCCUUCCCGACUACGAGUGAAGAAGGCAGCCCCUUUUAACAGAAAACUAUUGCACUCGCAGCUGGCGUGCUGAUGAAAGGAAGAGCAGUUCCUAGUACUGGUUCCUUUGGCUUCCUGGCAGCUACGGACAAACCUGCGCAUGGAGUCAGCUUUCCUCUGACUGUCCCUGCUUGAGGUAGAAGGUUAGGAGGGGAGAGAGAGGAAAAACCCCUUUCAUGUGCUGUAAAGGAAGGGCAAAGAAUCGAGCUGCUGUUGCACAAAUAAAUUGAAUGAAAGAGAAGGUUCUGAUUUUAAAAAUGCUGCUAGUACCCAGUCCCCUGUGCUGGUUUAGGAUGCAGAGGGCCCACCUUUGUACAUGAGCCUGGGGAAGGGCGAUGCCUGUUUUCUGUCUGGAGCUGCAAUAAAUGAGGCCUUUGAACUACCCAGGGAGUGAAUGUAGAGUCCAGCUCUUAAAAUUAUGCAGCCUAGCAAACUGCUUUAUUUCAUCUGCCCUCUAGGGCCUUGCUGUAGGAGGGUUGUGCGGCUGCUGUGCCUGAAGCUUCCUUUUUUGACCCUCCUGGGUGAUGUCCAGGGUGCUUUGCUGCAAAAAGUCAUGCUGUGGCUUCAGGCACAGGCCUAAGUCAGUCCUGCUGACCCUCCCCUGAACCCCAGGACUAGGAGGCUGGCAGCCAAGGGGGGAGCCUGCUGCUGGAAGGUUGAGCCAGUGCAGGCUGCCUGAGAGAAAAGCCUCAGGCUCCCAGCAUCUGGCUUGCUCUGGCGUUAGUAGUCAGCUCCUUGGCUAGCCCUCUUGCUUCUGCACAGCCUUUGAGGUGUCCCCUGCCUUUGCUGGGGUGGGAGAUGAGUUUCUCCUGGGCUCUCCUUCCCUCUGGUGGACAAGUGCUCCUGCGGCUCCCCAAGAGCUAGGCUGAGUCAGCAAGGAGGCAUUGCUGCUGGUGGCAAGCAAGAGCUGGACCCAGCUAGCCACAGAAAAGUUUUACUGGUGCCAGUAAUUCCUUACUAUUGGGGACAAGUGAGCAAUGGGAGAGGACAGUCAAGACUACACCACUGCCAGUGCUAGUGCAUCCUUCAGCCGAUGGCAUUGGCUUGCACAAAUGAGCAGAGCAGCUUCUGCCAUGGGCUGUUAGCAGACACCUCUUGUUCACGCCUCCUCCGUCCUGGUUUGUAGUUACUCUUGCCCUCCUUCCAUCAGUGCUGGUUCUCAAGAGUUCAUCCCUUUAAACCCUCACUGUUUGUUUUACUAGGCAUGACCAUGCUCAAAGCAUAGCAACGAGGGCAGCGGGGCUGCUCUCCAGCCAGCAG